ACCGAUUAGAAUGUAAGCGUUCAAUUUAUUCAAUACGUGUUCAAGCCGAUACUACUAGAUAAACAGUAAUAGAAUCUACAAUUACACUAAUAAAUUACAAUUGUUGACACGUUAAUAAUAUUUGAAUUAUUAUUAUAAUUAUGGGUCACCAUCGAUAAUAACAAAUAUAUUUGAAAGAAUAUACACGGAUACUUUUACGUGAUAAAAACGAUCCAUGCUAGUUUUUAGUUUUAAUCUAAUGUUACAAUGAAAACGUUACUGACUAACCCAGCCGGAUGGAAAAGCCUUAUUACAUUUGCUGUUCUCUUCUUAGCAUGGGUAUCUGGUUUUUCUGCUCGAUUAUUUGCUGUCAUAAGAUUUGAAAGUAUUAUACAUGAAUUUGACCCAUGGUUCAACUAUCGAGCUACAGCUUAUAUGGUACAACAUGGAUUUUACAAUUUCUUAAAUUGGUUUGAUGAAAGAGCAUGGUAUCCUCUGGGUAGAAUAGUUGGUGGGACAGUUUAUCCUGGUCUUAUGGUAACAUCAGGAGCCAUACAUUAUGUUUUACAUGCAUUAAAUAUUCCUGUUCAUAUUCGAGACAUCUGUGUAUUUCUGGCUCCAAUAUUCAGUGGUAUGACAGCAAUAUCUACUUAUUUCUUAACAAAGGAAUUAUGGUCUCCUGGUGCUGGUUUGUUUGCAUGUUGUUUUAUUGCAAUUGUGCCUGGUUAUAUAAGUCGAUCUGUAGCUGGUAGUUAUGAUAAUGAAGGUAUUGCUAUUUUUGCUCUUCAAUUUACUUAUUAUCUUUGGGUAAAAUCUAUAAAAACUGGAUCUGUAUUUUGGUCAGUAUUAACAGCUUUAUCUUAUUUCUACAUGGUAUCAGCAUGGGGAGGAUAUGUAUUCAUUAUAAAUUUGAUUCCCCUUCAUGUAUUCUUAUUAUUGAUCAUGGGACGCUAUUCAUAUCGUUUGUUUACUAGCUAUACUGUCUUCUACAUAUUAGGAUUGGUAUUAAGCAUGCAAAUACCAUUUGUUGGUUUUCAGCCGAUUAGAACUAGUGAACAUAUGGCUGCAUCUGGAGUAUUUGCGUUAGUCAUGGCAGCUGGUGCAUUUAAUUACAUACAAACUCGUAUUACUAAGGCUGAAUUUAAAUUUAUUUUCAUAUUUGCAACGUUAGUAGUUUCUGCUUUAGUCUUAUUGACAGUAGUUGCUUUAACCUGGGCUGGAGUUAUUGCUCCUUGGAGUGGGAGAUUUUAUUCUUUAUGGGAUACUACUUACGCUAAAAUACAUAUACCAAUUAUAGCAUCUGUCUCUGAACAUCAACCAACAACAUGGUUUAGCUUUUUCUUUGAUCUUCAUAUACUUGUUUGUAUAUUCCCAGCUGGUCUGUGGUAUUGUAUUCAGGAGUAUAAUGAUGAAAGACUCUUUGUGGUCCUGUAUGCUUUAAGUGCUGUUUAUUUUGCUGGUGUAAUGGUUAGAUUGAUGUUAACAUUAACUCCAGCUGUAUGUAUUCUUAGUGGAAUAGCUUUUUCCAAAAUUUUUGAAAAUUAUUUAAAGGAAGAUAAUAUUAUAGUAAAUACAAAUAUAAAAAAUGAUGAACGAAUGACAAUAAAAGAAAAAACCCCUUCAAAAUCAUCACAAUCUUCUAGUUCUGGAUCUGGAAAAAGUAAAAAAAAUAAACCAGCAAUCAUAUCUUCAUCAAAUAGUGAUAAUGAUAAUAGUGAAGGUGUUGGAUCUAAUAUUAGAAGUCUUGUGACAAUUUCUAUGUUACUUGUUCUCAUGAUGUUUGUUGUUCAUUGUACUUGGGUUACAAGCAAUGCUUACUCUAGUCCGAGUAUUGUAUUGGCGUCUUUCAGUAAUGAUGGAUCCAGGCAAAUAUUAGAUGAUUUUCGUGAAGCAUAUUAUUGGCUUUCACAAAAUACCGAUAAUGAUGCUCGUGUUAUGUCUUGGUGGGAUUAUGGCUAUCAAAUAGCAGGCAUGGCUAAUCGAACAACCUUGGUAGAUAAUAAUACUUGGAAUAAUAGUCAUAUAGCUUUAGUUGGUAAAGCUAUGUCAUCGACAGAACCAAAAGCAUAUGAAAUUAUGACAUCUCUUGAUGUAGAUUAUGUCCUUGUCAUUUUUGGUGGUGUUAUUGGAUAUUCAGGGGAUGAUAUUAAUAAAUUUUUAUGGAUGGUUAGAAUAGCUGAAGGAGAGCAUCCCAAAGAUAUUAGGGAAUCUGAUUAUUUUACUGAACGAGGAGAAUUUAGAAUUGAUAGUCAAGGCUCGCCAACUUUGCUCAAUUGCUUAAUGUACAAACUUAGCUACUAUAGAUUUGGAGACUUAAAACUUGAUUUCAGAACUCCAGCUGGGUUUGACCGUACACGAAAUGCUAUAAUUGGAAAUCAAAACUUUGAUCUUACUUAUUUAGAAGAAGCUUACACUACUGAACAUUGGCUUGUACGAAUAUACAGGGUAAAAAAACCAGAUGAGUUUAACAGGCCACGUAUACCAGUUUCUGAAAGAAAGAUAAGGUAUCCUGGCGCAUCAAAUAUUUCAAAAAAAUCAGCACGUAAGAAAAAAGGAAUUAUUCAGGGCAAACCUGUUGUAGUUAAAGGAAAAAAACCAAAAACUACAAACACUUACACUAAUUGAUGUCAAAAUAAUUUAUCAAUAUCAACCAUAUUACAUGAACACAUUGCUUACAAAAUAAUAUAAUUUAUUAUAAUGCUGUUA